AUGGCCGUUUUGAAAACACUACCAACCCGUCGCCUGGGAAAUGGACCUCUGGUUCCUCGGCUGGGACUGGGCCUCAUGGGCGCUAGUGGUACUUAUGGUAACUCUCUAUCGGAUGAAGAAAGACUCGAUUUCCUUGAUGAGGCGUACAAAAGAGGCGAGCGAUUUUGGGAUACAGCCGACAAGUACGGCGAUUCCGAAGACGUCCUAGGAAAAUGGUUUGCUGCAAACCCUGACAAGCGCAAAGACAUAUUUCUUGCCACGAAAUUUGGUAUCGUGAACACUCCCACGCCACCCGGAUUCACCAUGAACUCGACGCCUGAGUAUUGUCGUACCGCAAUCGAGUGCUCCCUCAACCGUCUUGGACUCCCUUUCGUCGAUCUGUACUAUGUUCAUCGCUUGGACAAAGUGACACCAAUCGAAAAGACUUUGCAGGCGAUGGUGGAACUCAAGGAUGCCGGCAAGAUCAAGUAUAUCGGACUGAGUGAGUGUAGCGCGGAAUCUUUGCGUCGCGCGCAUGCUGUUCAUCCAAUUACGUGUGUUCAGGUUGAGUACAGCCUUUUUUGCAGGGAGAUCGAAUCUCCGAAGCGGAAAUUGCUUGAAACGGCGCGAGAGCUGGGCGUCGCGAUUGUCUGCUACAGCCCACUUGGGAACGGGAUCCUGACUGGGGGUAUUCGCUCAAAGGAGGAUGUCACUAAGGGUGGUGAUAAACGAGGGUUAUUCUUGCCUUGGCUUCAAGAAGGGAAUAUUGAGAAGAAUAUGGCUCUCGUUGAUGAGAUUGCUGAAGUUGCAAGGGCGAAAGGUGUCACGACACCGCAGAUUUCUCUUGCUUGGCUGCUUGCCCAAGGAGAUGAUAUAUUCCCUAUUCCUGGGAGCUCGAAGACCCUGCGCCUUGAGGAGAACUUGGAAAGUCUCUUCGUAUAUUUGUCUGAGGAAGAAGAGAAGAAUAUUCGCCAGCUUGGUGAGAGAGUUCUUGGUGGCCGCUUUCAGGCUACAACUGGGUAUGACUUUGCAGACACACCAGCUUUGGAGUAA